AUGGCGCCUUCUCAACUUCAAAAGAUACUCAUUAGAGCUGGGAAUGGCCGGGACUAUCCUCACACCGGCGAUGAAGUCACCAUCGAAUACACAGGCUGGCUCUACGACGACUCCAAAGCACACAACGACUACAAAGGCAGACAGUUCGACAGUUCUAGAGGCCGGGGAGAUUUCAAGACCCCAAUCAGAGUCGGACGAGUGAUUCCAGGUGAGUUCAAUCGGACUGGUCUUGAGCGUGCUUUUGCGGAAGUUGGGGCCUAA